GCACUCGCAACUUCUGCCGCUGCCGCUGCCGCCCGGGCGCUCUCGGCCCAGCCGAGCUGUUGCUGCGAACUGUGGAGCUGCCGGCGGAGCCCGGCCCGAGCUCCCUCGACUCCGCACGUCCCAGGCGUCCGUCGGGCGCCGAGGCGCCUCCCGCAGGGAGUCCCCGUGAGGCCGCGCUGCCGCGUUACCCGCGGCGGCCGGGGGUCCGGGGAGUGCGGGACUCCGAGACCGAGCCAGGCGCCCCCCAGCGGUCGGCGCGGGCCCCAUGGCUGGGCCGGGCGGAGCGGAACCGGCGAGGUGAAGCCCCGGGGCCGGCAGCCGGAGCGCGUGGCGGGGGCGCCGGCUCCAUGGGCAGCUGCACACGGCGGCGCGAUGAUGGACGUUAACAGCAGCGGCCGCCCGGACCUCUACGGGCACCUCCGCUCUUUCCUUCUGCCAGAAGUGGGGCGCGGGCUGCCCGACCUGAGCCCCGACGGUGGCGCCGACCCAGGCGCGGGCUCCUGGGCGCCGCACCUGCUGAGCGAGGUGACAGCCAGCCCGGCGCCCACCUGGGACGCGCCCCCGGACAAUGCCUCCGGCUGUGGGGAACAGAUCAACUACGGCAGAGCCGAGAAAGUUGUGAUCGGCUCCAUCCUGACGCUCAUCACGCUGCUGACGAUCGCGGGCAACUGCCUGGUGGUGAUCUCCGUGUGCUUCGUCAAGAAGCUCCGCCAGCCUUCCAACUACCUGAUCGUGUCCCUGGCGCUGGCCGACCUCUCGGUGGCUGUGGCGGUCAUGCCCUUCGUCAGCGUCACCGACCUCAUCGGGGGCAAGUGGAUCUUUGGCCACUUUUUCUGUAAUGUCUUCAUCGCCAUGGACGUCAUGUGCUGCACGGCCUCGAUCAUGACCCUGUGCGUGAUAAGCAUUGACAGGUACCUUGGGAUCACAAGGCCCCUCACGUACCCUGUGAGGCAGAAUGGGAAAUGCAUGGCGAAGAUGAUUCUCUCCGUCUGGCUUCUCUCCGCCUCCAUCACUUUACCUCCACUCUUUGGAUGGGCUCAGAAUGUAAAUGAUGAUAAGGUGUGCCUGAUCAGCCAGGACUUUGGCUAUACGAUUUACUCUACCGCAGUGGCAUUUUAUAUCCCCAUGUCCGUCAUGCUUUUCAUGUACUACCAGAUUUACAAGGCUGCCAGGAAGAGUGCUGCCAAACACAAGUUCCCUGGCUUCCCUCGAGUGGAGCCAGACAGCGUCAUCGCCCUGAAUGGCAUAGUGAAGCUCCAGAAGGAGGUGGAAGAGUGUGCAAACCUUUCGAGACUCCUCAAGCAUGAAAGGAAAAACAUCUCCAUCUUUAAGCGGGAACAGAAAGCAGCCACCACCCUGGGGAUCAUCGUCGGGGCCUUUACCGUGUGCUGGCUGCCAUUUUUCCUCCUCUCGACAGCCAGACCCUUCAUCUGUGGCACUUCCUGCAGCUGCAUCCCACUGUGGGUGGAGAGGACAUUUCUGUGGCUAGGCUAUGCAAACUCUCUCAUUAACCCUUUUAUAUAUGCCUUCUUCAACCGGGACCUGAGGACCACCUAUCGCAGCCUGCUCCAGUGCCAGUACCGGAAUAUCAACCGGAAGCUCUCGGCUGCAGGCAUGCAUGAAGCCCUGAAGCUUGCUGAGAGGCCAGAGAGACCUGAGUUUGUGCUGAGGGCCUGCACAAGGAGGGUGCUGUUGAGACCAGGAAAGAGGCCACGGGUGUCUGAGUGGGUGCUACAAUCUCCAGGCCAUCACAAUUGGUUAGCAGACAAAAUGCUGACUACUGUAGAAAAAAAGGUCAUGAUUCAUGAUCGAAAGCAGAACAAUGGAGAUGAAAUAAACACGGCAAAAUAGAGGUGGAAACAGAAGGAAGUCAUUUGCUGAGACUGCAGAAUGGAAUGCAGCUUCUGUCCUUUCUCGGGAUGUCUAAAACGUGACAAGCAGGGUGAUCUGUUGUACACAUUAUCUUACGAGGGAGAUGGUGACUUCUCCUUUUUUCUGUGGAUCAGCGCUAUUGUGUGUUCUCAGUUUAAGAUAGCAGAUCAUCUCAGCAGUAAGCACACCGACAGAACUGAGUUCCAGAAAGGAAGCAGUUUCUGGUGCUUUGCAUAUGUCCAAAUCCAUGAAAGUGGGAGAAAGUUCCAAUGCACACUUCCCAUGCUUCUGAGUCUAGGCAUUGUGGUGAAUAUGCAGGAAUAUGAUUCAUGAGACAGAAUGUAUUUUGUUGUAUGACAGAAGGCUUUUCCAAGCAAACUGCAGUGAGCGUAGUGUUGAAUAUGUUGCAUGUCCAUGUUAGAAAACAGAAUCCAGUCAUCAGCUAAUACAAGUGAUUUCCCAGAGCAGUGUUUGUUUCAAGCUUCUGUCAAAUAGUUUGGCUUUUCUGCAGGGUCUCUGUGAUUUCCCCACCAAUGUACUUUUCUUCGUUAACUCACUUAUUAUGGUAUAACUCAGGAACAGGUCUCAGGAUGGAGAGAAGCCUACAACUUGAGCAAAGCUUUUUCUUGUGCUCUGAAGGGUCUUGAGAGGGGAGGGGGAUGCCUUCUGUGAGGAUUUUUAUCGCAGUGAAGCUCAAGUGGUAGCCAACUGCAUUGUAAUUAACAUGAUUAUUGGCAUGUUUUUGACUCUCAUUUUCUACAAGUCUGCAGUGGGCCCACCCAUGGGCUGGCCCAUAACUGCAUGUUAUGUGGAAGAAGUGUGGGAAUGAUGGGUUUUCCAUGAAAUGUGAUGCUUCUGGAGAUGGGGCAUGAACAUGUUCAUUCUUGUUGAGCUGCAUUGUAUUAAACCAAAUUGUGUGAAGCGAGGUCACCUGGACCACUCUUGGGACCUGCUUCAGAACACCAGUCUGUUCCUUCUAGAGAAUUUGUUUUUGUGUUCUAUGUAUCUUAAAUCAAAUGUGUGCCUACGCAAUUCUGUCCUCUGAUUCCCACCCCUACCCACGAAAAGAUGGUAGACAUGAAGGGCAGGGAAGGAAACAGAAAAGGUCUCUUUGCAGAUAUAUAUUUUUUAAUGGCACUAUGUAGUAAUUAAGAGCUAAGGAGACAGAAAGACAGUAGAUGAGAAUAGAAGAGUACCUGUACCUACAAGGGGAAAAAUGAAUGCAAUUCUUUAUUUGAUAAGAGUGAACUGAAAGAGAAUAUUAUUUUCCUACAAUAAAGCAAGCUGUCCUCUCACAGGAUAAAGUGGAAUUCCGACGUGGAUUAUGGACUUCUUCUAACUCCCAUUGACAUUGCUUCUUACCAGACAUGGGGAAAAGCUGCCUUUCCUGAAAGGGGAGGAGGGCACUGUCCUUUCAGACAAAGCUUGUACAAAUUCCUGAACCGCAAAUUUGCUAAAGUGACCGUAUAUAUUAUAUUCAUAAUUUAAAUGAUUAUUUAUGGUCAGAUACAUAUUGUUAAACUUGAAAAUGUUUUAUUACAUUACAUCAAAUAAACUUUAUUUGUAGCUGAAAUAAAGCAAUGUAAGUAAAAAUUUUUAA